AUGUCAGCGUACGGGACUUCGCGCCAUCACCACCCUCCCGCGUCAUUCGCGACAUCGGCGUCAGUGGCGCUCUUCCGUAGACUUGCAUGGGAGGGCACGGUUCCCCUCGAAAUUCGCGUCGACCCCAAAGAACUGCCGGCUAACUCAGAUCGCGGGCUUGAGUGCUACUACAUUCAAGCACCCCGCGUGAGCUAUCUGCCGCUCCUCAUGCCUGAACUUCGACGUUUCCUGAUGGAUGUUGUCUUUGACGAUGCGGCAGCCAGGCUACUGAAGGAGGAGGAUUGGUGGUUUGAGAGCGAGGAUGGCGCACUGCUCAAGUGGCACUGGCCGAUAGGUCUGAUCUACGACAACCACACCAUCUCUGCAUCAGUGCGUCCGUCCUCCGUUGCGUCAAUCGGCGCCGGCGCCGGCGCAGCCCCGGAGUUGCAGAUCACCCCGCUCAAACUGAUCCUCCACCUUGCUUCGCCUCCGACAGAAAAGCUACUCCUCCCCCCAUCUGCAGAAGCAUGCAAACAGGCGUUUAUGGGACAGCUUAAAGAGGCAGACUUUAUCCGCUGGGGAAAUACCAAACGUAUGACUGGUCUUCGAAAGGCAGAACAGGACGGGAUAUGGGAGGGUAUACGGGAACAUAAUUUUGACGAUUACUGGCGAGUCGCGUCGAAGAUCGUACCUACAACCGUGCCAGCCACGCGGCCGAGCUCACCACCACCUUCUUCAUCUGCCUCCGCUCAUGGUCGUCCACCUUCCAAUGAUCCUCAAAAUGCACAAGAUCGCGAUGGUGCGUACAACGUACGCAGUGUACCUGUUAGAUUGUACCUGCCAGAUGGACCUGUGAUACAAGAUCUCGCACCUCCUGUCCUGGAAGAUGGCACUCCAAAUACACUUACUCACUAUCUAUCGACACAUCUACCCUUGUUAUUCCCACUACAAGUGUCAGCUCCGGAUCUCGCAUUCCCGCUAGCCCAGGGCGUCAUUUUACCGCCGGAGACAGAAAUGGCAUGGCUUGGUGUGUGUCUGGCAGGCGCAGACGGCUGGGUAAACGUCUGUGUUGGGUUGUUGCAGUAGGGAGGAGAUUGCAGAGGCUAUACUACCCGAUAUUCAUCUUACUGCUGUUGUCGUUAAUGGUCGGAUACCCAGCUCGCCCACUCGAUUAAUGUUUCAUUCCCUUCCACUCUCACGUACUUUCAACGUGCAUUGAUGAUAUGCCAACACUACAAUGCAUCUUUGAAAC